AUGUCUGCCGCAGUCGCUCUGCCCAAACACCAGCUAUUCGAGUCUCCAAACUCACGGGCGAUUGAGAUCGGCCCGUGGACCAUCACAGCGCGCACCAAUCCCAUCUCGAAUGCAGGCCAGUCAGACGCGCUGCAAGCUGCCAUCGGCGGCAUUCCCCUGCCGGAGAUGACGUUCGGCAGCAACUCUCUAGAGCUCGAGCACAAGGAGAGCGGCUGGAAGUACGCGUUCACCACUGAAGAGGCGCUUAAAGGCGUGCGCAAUGGCGAGCUGCAAGACGGUGAUGGAGGAGUGAAGGUGGGCUAUGCCGAUGCAUGGCUGAAGAGUCGUACUGGUGCUACCUCUCAAAUACCGAUGCCCAAGACCGUGCCGACUAAACCGUUCGACUGGACAUAUACCACUCUCUAUCCGGGGCAUUGCACCGCUCCUUCAAGCAAUGUCGAAUGGAAACCCGCGGAGCGAGGCAACCCGGCUCACAGUAUUCCAAUGGCUGAGCUGACCCGCCCCGAUCCCAUUCUGUUCUACGCGGAGAUCCCUCUGUAUGAGGACGAGUUGCAUGAUAACGGUGCUUCCCAUCAACUAGUCCGCAUCCGCGUGAUGCCGACGUGCAUAUUCAUCCUGCAGCGGUUCACCCUCAGGGUAGACAACGUUCUGUUCCGCACGUUCGACACCCGGAUAUACCACUCCUUCGUGUCUUCUCCGCCAUUGAUUGUGCGGGAAACGAGCGGCUGGGAAGCGCCUUACGAUCAUGUCAAAUGGCGACUGCCCAAGCGCGAUGAUCUCACGCCAUUGACCGACCCUAUGUGGAUCGCUAAAAUCCUAUCGGAGAUCCCGUCGGAAGUAUCUCAAGAAGUUGGAGCGGGCACCAAGUGGAGGGGGCUCGGUACAAAAAUUGAGGUCGCGACGUUGACAUAG